GUUGAAAAUGGAAUCCACACUCUUCCGUUUGUUAUGCUUGGUAGCGGUAUUUGUUUAUGUAUCUUCGCAAGUUCCGAAGUCUAAGAUUGUUAAGUGUGCAGUGUGUAAUAGUCUGGUGGAUGAACUUCAUGCAGAAAUUGAUAAGGUAGACCCAAGGAAAAAGAUUGAUGUUGGAUCUUAUCGAUUAGAUAAGGAUGGAAAGCAAAAACUGGCAUCAGUGCAAUAUGCAGGAUCUGAAAUGCACAUGCUAGAAGUUUUAGAGUCUGUAUGUGACAGUUUCAAAGAUUAUGCCCAAGCACGUCACAAGGAAACUGGAAAGCUAGAGGCUAUUAAGUUGGUGGUAGAUGGAGUCAUGAAUCCUCGCUUCAGUGAGUACGAGAUGGUUCAGGAUCCUGACCUCAAUAAGGGUUUGAACUUUCACUGUGAGUCAAUAGUUGAAGAGUAUGAAGAUGAUAUUGUGUCACACUUUAGGAAAAGUUCAGAGUUAGACAAGGAAUCUUCGAAAUUCAAGUUUUGUAAUGAAUUGACUAGUAUAUGUAAAGAUGUGAAAGAAGAAUUAUAGAAAUUUAGAAUGAAUGUUAAACUGCUUCUUUUAUAGUGUGAUACAAUUUUUUAAAGCACAAAUGAUGCUUUGAAAAUAGGUUUAUUUGUUAUGUCUAUUGAGAUAAAUUUAUUGUUAUUCUCAAGAUUCAAGCAAAGGUUGUGAAUUAGGUUCUCAACUUUUCUUUGUGAUGUUUUAAAUCUGUAACAAACUGACUUAACAUUGUUGAAUCUCUUGACUUUUAAGUCCCUUGUGUUUUGGAACAGCACUGGGUGAUGGUAAACUUUUAAAGGUCAUGUAAGCAUUGUUUAUGCACAAAUUAGUUUUAUAGUUUAUUUUUAAAAAGUAUGCUAAAAGGUCAGUAAAGAACUACGUCAACAUUCCAGCCAGCUUUGUUGUAUUUACAAAAGUUUAUCGCUUAUUUAAUUUCUUAUGUAUGAUUACACGAAAGUUGCUAUACUUAAGCCUAAUGGAACAUAAGGAACCCUCUUUAAAAGAAAAUUACUUAUCAUAGUGCUUUAUUAAGUGUCAAAUAGUUGCAGAAAAAUUUACAGAAUAUAAGAAUCCACCUGUACAUAUAGAGAAAAUUAGUUUACUAGGACUAAUUAGAAAUUAAUCAAAACUUUUGAGUGGGUUCUUUCAGGUGAAAGUAGGAAACUUUUAUUUCUGAUGCUCAGAACGAGCUUAAAGAUAGCUUACUAGUGUGUUCUUUGUGUGCAAUGUGGUAUGUAUAGCACCUGUUUGUAAUUGUUGCCUAUGCAAGUUUUAUAGAAUGAGAUACUUGGGUUGAAUAGGUUUAUAGUAUUUAGUUAAUGAAGUGAGAUGAAAGUUAAACUAUGACACCUUAAGGUCUUACAGUCUUCCAAAGUGAUUUUGACAAUAUUUUUUUGUUCAAUCAAACAAUGAAAGAUUUGUUGUAGAUUUGAAACAUUUUUGGUAAUUUUUGUAGGACUAUGGUCUCAUGAAGUCCAUCAUUGUGCAAUAUCCAGAAACAUUGGUAAAGGUCCAAUAUUUCCUAAUUGGAAUACCUUCGGCCAAUCUUGAAUAUUGUGUAUUUUGGAAAUGUUAUAAAAGAACUGCAAAAUGUUACUGCAGAAUAGCUGUCCUUGGGAAAUUUUCUAUUGAUCGCAGUGAUGCCGCAUAAAGUUUCUAAACAAAGUUUUUGUUUGUUUUAUUAUUGUGAAUUUACGAUAUCCCUAGAUACUGCAUUACAAGAAGGUUAAAGUAUGUGUUCUUUAUUAAAGUUCUAUUUGCCUCUCUUUGUUUUUAAGUUUGUAUAGGUGUGAUGAAUUUUCUGUUUGGAAUGAUAUAUCUGGGAUUUUGUAUAUUUUAACAUCGCAGGUUAGUUUAGUUUGAGUUAGAGUUUUUGUUUUUAUGGAAGAUUUUGUUAAAAUAACAGGGAGAAAUAAAAAUAAAUUUACAUUAGUU